CUUUCAUUAAUUUUAGUAAUAUUGGAAUAAAAAUGCCAUAAAUUGAGCAUUGUUUACCGUACAAAAUCUGUAUCCAGACGGGAGAUUACAUGCGUUUCGGUAAUGAAAAUGUUUGACUUAUUUCACACACUUUAAUCAACUAACCACUAGCGUACGGAGGGUAAUGUAUCUCCAAAGAGGCCAUUAAUGGUGUAAGUAACAUGCUAACACCUUCAUUAACUGGGCAUUCAAAAGUUUCCGCUCCCUUUAUAAGCCCCCCUUCCCAACCUUUCUUCUCUGACAUUCAAACCCGCACCGCAACAGAACUGCCAGUUGAACGGAUAAUUCUCCGCAUCUCAACUCUCUCGCCAUGGAUGCAUCUGACUACGGCUACUGGACCAGGAAGAGCCAUGUUCCGGCGUUCGGAAGCUGGGACUGCAACGACGACUUCCCCAUUCCGUUCACUCAGUGCUUCGAAUCCGCCACCCAGGCCGGCCUGCUGCGGUACAGCUACGCGGAGGACCGCGAUUUGUACGUCGCCAGAGAUCUCUACGACAACCGCAUCGGCACUCCGGCAAUGAUCGUCGUUCCUCGCCGCAAGGGGAAAGGCGGCUCGUACAGAAAAGGAGAGAAAGGUCUGGAAGAGGGGAACGAUGCAUGGGUGGUUUGCGGAUGCGAUUGUGAAUCUGGUUUGAAACAAUGCUCAGCCGCUGCCUCGCCGCCGCUGCCAAGACGGGCGCCGAAGGCGGUGGACGAAGAUCUCUACAAAAUCUCUCCGGAUCUGCUCUACGCCAAGCCCAAACAUGUACGGCCCAUUAAACUGUACUUACUAUCAUCAUACCAUAUCGUUUUUAAUGAUUUUUAAAGUUAGAGUUAUAAUAAUUUCAAAAAUAUGUUUGAUUGGAUGGUGUUUGUACUUUGCAGGAGAGAAGGGUAUGGGGAUUUCUUGCAAGCUGCUUGCAACCUUCUUGUGUAUGUUGAAGCAACAUUGGGAGAUGAGCGAUGAGUGAAAGAUGGAUGCAGUUCAUGAGUUGAUAGUACAAUGGGGAGGGCUAGGUCAUUGGGAAAUGCAAAAGAGAUGGGAAAAUCAUCAUUAUCAAUAUUAUUAUCAGUAUUGUAGGAUAAUAAUGAUGAUGAUGGGAUUGGAAAGUGUAUUUUGUUGCAAGAAUGGUGAAAGUGCAGUAGUAGUUGUAGUAAAGACUAAAGAGUAGUAGUAGUAGUGUGGAAAGAGGGUUAAAAGCUUGAUGGGAACAGUUGGGGUUUUUUGGUAUGUACUGCUGUGUGGACCUAAAAAGGUGAGAUUUUGCUUGUGAUGAAUAGUAAAUGAAAGCUGUUACUCUUACCUAAUGGGUAAUUAUUAUGGAGCUAUAUGCAUUUUGCCCUAGAA